AUGCAAGGUCAGAUGAUGGUGAUGCAUGCAAUGGAGCACUACUCCAUGCUUGAUCUUGCAAACGAUGUUUUAGAGAAGUGCUGGAACAUUUGCUUUGACGUCAAUCUUACACGGAAGGAGCUGGUAGAGGGUGAUCUGCCGGAUAGCAAACUGCGCAAGAUGGAGGCAUGUCAACGCAAGUGCAUCGCGCGGCACUUUGAGGUGAUGAAGUUGAUGAACGGGGCCCGGGAGCUGCGGGAGAAGGAGGCGUUGCAGGGACUCCCACCAGGGUCUCUUAGCGCAGAGUAG